UGCGUUGACAAAACGGCUCCAAGCAACGCACGGCGGCGCCACCGGAGGCAACGCUUUUCACACUAAAGCACCGAGCCCGCGCUCCGAAAGCAGCGACGCUCCCGCACCAAGAUUGACAGCUGGGGCCCACUCACUGGCCACACAAGUGCCGCUACGUAGCGCUUCGCAAAACGACGUGAGCCGGCGCGAGCAGCGCCGGCGCAGCGAACGAUCAAGAAACGAGCGCCGCGCAUGGGGGACAAGUACAAGAAAAUCGACGGCGCGGGUCCCCCGCCGGGCGCCGACAUCGAGCUCAGCGACCGCAAGCCCAAAAGCACAUCUGAUGAAGACGCCUUCGACGUGCGCGUCCUCGACGUGAAGAAGGCCGGCGCUCCCACCAUAAUACGCGUGCCGAAAAACGGCACCUGUGCCGAUCUCAGAACUGCGGUCGAGGCCGCAAUAGAAAACGCCCCUUCUGAUAGACAACGAUUAAUCUGCAACGGCCGGUCGCUCGGCGACGGCUUACUGUCGGAAUUUAAUGUGGUCCCACGGUCACCAUUGUGCACGAUUCACUUAACGGUAAGGCCCGAAGGGACGCAAGCGUCAUCACCCGCAUCAAAUGAGGUCCCGUACGACGUCAGUGCCUUGGUGGCCGCCGUCGCGGCGAACCCCCUGCCGUCGGAUCCCGCCGCGAGAGCUAGAUAUCAUGUUGCGCGGACGGGCGCGCGCGUGCGGUUGCUAUCGUCGUUACUCUCCCUGUACUGUGCGGUCGCUGCUCUCGGAGCUUUUUUAGAUGCCACGGCGCCGAACUCCGACGGAGACGUCGUGACCAUGGUCGGGCUGGCGAUUAAUCUGGCCGGCGUUUACGUCGGUGGCGCGGGGAUGCGGGCGGCUCGGAGAGGAGACAUCCUCUCGGCGUGUCGCUACGACCAUGCUUUACGAGCACUGGCGGCGUCGUCCUUGGCCUACGAGGCCUACGUUUCUUUAGUAGUGAUCCCGGAGGAGGCGCGGCAUCGCGCGCCCUGGGACUCGCAAAGACCAUCAGGGAACGGCACGACCUACACGCAGAACACGUCCGGCGUGUCCCGAGACGAUUUGUUUUUGUCGGGCGUCGUGAGCGUAUUGCUCUGGGCGUCGAUCUGGCUCGCCUGCCUGAAUUCGUCGGCGCAGUACCGGCUCGCCGUGCGCGACCGGGAUUCGGCGGGCGUCCGGGCGCCCGACUUGGAAGUGCAGCAGCCGGGGGACGCGUUUCUCUUAUAACAAUAUUAGUCUAGG